AUGAGUUUUGAGAUGAUUAGUUGCUUGACCAAAGAUGAGGGUUCGAGACAGUUGGUAAUUAACACUAAGCAUAAUUUAGAGCCUGCUCCUAACUGUUGCAUUUACCGGGUACCCAGAAAUCUUCGGGAAUUGAAUGAAAAGGCUUACACUCCUCAGAUAAUUUCAGUUGGCCAUCUUCAUUACGGGAAAGAAGAACUAGUUGACAUGGAAAAACAGAAGAAACGAUACAUGGAGAGUUUUAUUAAUCGAAUAACUAUCGAGCAGUGGGAGCAAAUGUUAACUUUCAUUAAAGAUAAUGAACAACAUAUUCGUAAUUGUUAUGAAGAGGCCUCUAAUCUUGGGAGUAUUGAAUUUGUAGGCAUGAUUCUUUAUGAUGCUAUCUUCAUUAUGGAGCUUUUCUGGAGAUAUUAUGAUCGUAAUCUUUAUUAUAGAAGUGACCUUUUGCUGAAUAGAAAAGCAUUAGGUUAUAAUUUAUGCAUGGAUUUACUACUACUCGAAAAUCAGCUUCCAUAUUUCUUCCUUGAGAAAUUAUAUAACUUAGCUUUUGUUAAUCCUCACCGUCCCACCUUCUUGGAUCUUUCUUCCAUUUAUUUCAACAAGGUUAUGUUCAAUGGCCAUGUGCCCCAAGAGGCGGUAGUUAUACAUUUCACUGAUUUAAUAAGAACUGCUCUGUUAAAUAACUUCCCGAAGGUGGAGGAUGCAAAGUGUAUUGGGGAUUUACCUUGUGCGGUGAAGUUGCGCGAGUCUGGAAUAAAGUUUAAGCAGAUUAAAAGAGAAUGCUUACUUGACAUAAGAUUCAAAAAGCGAAAUCAGAGAAAUAUUCCAUUCCUCCAAGUACAUGAGUUACAAAUACCAGUUUUGAUAGUACAUGAACAUACAGAAACUUUUCUUAGGAAUUUGAUGGCUUUGGAGCAGUGUCACUACCCAAUGGAUACUCGGAUAUGCAAUUACGUUCUUCUAAUGGAUACUUUCAUCGAUACUGAUAAAGAUGUGGAUUUGUUUGUCGAUAAGGGAAUUAUUAGCAAUUGUUUCGGCAACAGUGCUUCCGUGACAAAUAUGUUUAACAAACUUGGUUUGCAAAUUAGUAUGCCUGGUACCUGUUAUUAUGAGCUUGGUGAGGAACUAAAAGCACAUUUUAACAAUCAUUUGAACCAUGUGAAGGGCACUUUGAAAAGGGUGUAUUUCAGUAAUCCUUGGAAAGGCACCGCAACCAUUGCAGCAAUUAUACUCCUCUUGCUCACUGUCAUUCAAACCAUAUGUUCUAUCAAGCAAGCCGUUUGA